GCAUAGGAGAAACGAUAUGGAGAUGAAGAGGUGGAGAUCGUCAGUUAUGGUGAUGAUGAUGGUAUUGUUAGCAAUGAGGCAAGCUGCAGCAGGAAGCAUCGUAAUUUACUGGGGACAGAAUGGUAACGAAGGCAGCUUAAGAAGCACUUGCUCUACAGGCAACUACGAGAUGGUAAUCCUGGCAUUUCUGGCUACUUUCGGCAACGGAGAGACACCCAUGAUUAAUCUGGCGGGGCACUGCGAUCCAUACACGAAAGGGAGCUGUAGUGGGUUGAGUAGCGAUAUAAAGGCAUGCCAGAGCAGAGGAGUGAAGGUGCUUCUGUCACUGGGCGGAGGAGCAGGCAGCUACUACUUGAGCAGCGACGCAGAUGCCCAGAGCGUGGCAUCCUAUCUGUGGGACAACUAUCUGGGAGGCCAUUCCGACUCCAGGCCCCUGGGAGACGCUGUUCUGGACGGGAUUGACCUGGACAUUGAGGGGGGCACCACCGAGCACUGGGGAAGUCUGGCCAAGUACAUCAAGGGUUACAGAGGAGGUAACAAGGUCUAUGUCACCGCAGCUCCUCAGUGCCCAUUCCCUGACGCAUACUUGGGGACUGCUCUCAUGACGGGACUUUUCGACUAUGUGUGGGUUCAAUUCUAUAACAACCCUCCUUGUCAGUAUGGUGGGGACUUCCUCGAUGCCUGGAAGCAGUGGACCUCUUCUCUUCCCUCAAAUGCCCAGAUAUACCUAGGCCUUCCCGCAUCCUCUGCAGCUGCCGGCACUGGCUACGUUCCUCCACCCACCCUCAUCUCCGAUGUGCUCCCUCAAAUCCGCACCUCUUCCAACUAUGGUGGAGUCAUGCUCUGGUCUAGAUACUAUGACCUCCAAAACGGUUAUAGCUCCGCCAUCAAGAAUUCUGUCUAGUCCCCCUCCUCCUCCUACUCCCUCGCUAUUACCAUACUAUUUAUCA